AUGGCGUCGGCUUUCCACACGUCGUUCUUUCAUGGAACUGCAUCCCCACCGAGGCCUGGAGUCCUGCCUUUCUCUGCUAUAACGAAUACUGUCCAUGCACGUCCAGUAGCCUCAAGGAGCAGAGUCCGUUCCUUGAGCCGAGCGCCUGUGACGUGCAAGGUGGCAAACGACCAAGACCUCUUGACGCUCCAGGAUGUGGAGCAGGCAGCAGCAGCGUCGGGAUUCUCCUUCACAGUCACUCAGCUCGGCCCGCUGUACCGAGUCAUGAUACGCAAGACGCCAAAGGAUGGCGAGGAGGAAGGAAAGGGACAGGCCAUCGGGUACACUGCAGGCACCAUCGUGGGUAACCUGAUGCGUCAAGACACGAUGCGGUUGUCGACGGUGAACACGGGCAACCCGAACAGCAUGACGGACAGAAAGAAGGUCUCCGUGAACGAGAGAGGAUGGAGAAGCAACUCAGUGUACGGCCUGAGCUUGCUGCUCGGUGCUUACGCUGGGAGGUAUGCAUACGAGCAGGGGUGCCGACGGGCGGAGCUGCUGGCGAUCAAAGACAACGAGAGACAGCACAAGAUCCUCGAGCGACACUACCGACGACUCGGCUUCCGAGCCGUGAAGGACGUCACCGACGACAUCACAUGCGUGGGAGACCGCAUGAUAUGGGGAGGGAUCGGCACGUUGAUGGAGGCAAGCGUGGAGGAGAUGCUGAGAAAGCAUGCGGACGAGAUCCGUCGGAUGGGAGAGGCUGGUGGAUGA